AUGCCCGUUAUAAUGAUGAUGAUGCAUAAUUUUCCGUAUCACGCAACAUUAAUUCUUCUUGUCGGUGCGAUAUCAAUUAAUGGCCAGCUACUAGAGAUAUUUGGUUUGUCGACUGGAGAUGCAGGAACUGUUGAACGUCAACCUUUCCAUGAUUUGGCCAGGUUUUUCUCUUUGAUUCAUUUCUUCAAAAUAAAAUUGAUUCAGUCAAUCAGUUGGUUUGAUCAAAUUCCUUCAAACCGUUCAGAAGAACCCGGAUAAUAACUUGGCAAAGAAGUUAUCGAACCGAGAAAAUAAUAGUAAAUAGAAUAUUUCCUUAAGAUUAAAAAACCCAUUGCCAACGAUGAACCUCAUAGACGGAGUUCCAGUUGUGCCAGGACUAAUGGGAAGUUUGCCAGGAGCAGGUUCAUGUUUGCCCCGUGGAUCACCAUUGAUAAAAGAUAAGUAAGUUUCUGGAAAUUGUUUGAUCUUUCCAAAAACCACUCCCAUUCUUCCGAAAUGCUUUUUCAAGGUCGCCUAGCUUUUUCCAAAACAUGUUACGCAACAUACCGGGCGCGCAGGAUUAUCUGGCCAGUUUGUUGCCGGCGCCAAAAGUCAACGUCAAAGCACUUUAUGGAAAGUUCCAAUGGGUGAGUUAACUAAUCCGCUAUACGCAGUAAAUACCAAACGAUGGUGUGAUGGUGACAGUUCGAGAUAAUAAAUCUAACAGCUUUGUAAUUUUUUGUAAUUUGAUGAUUUUCAGGCUAUGGACACUCCUUCCGUUCAUAAUCGCUAUUGCGCGACUACAGAAUGUGAGAGAUUUCUUCAAUCAUUACAAUUUUAACUAGCAUAAAUUCAGUCAUGCCACAAGCGGAGUCCGGAAACUCAUCUGCGUUUAGUUUGCAAGAAAAGUUCAGAGCAGGAAGUGUGGAUGCCGGAGAAAAGGUUUUUUCGGAAAGCAUCUAAUUAAAAUUGUCUUCAACGUCUUCACAGGUCGCUUUUGGGUACGGAAUGAUUCAUCGCGAAAGAACCUAUGUCUACAUGCAGGAUGAUCCAUGCCCAUGUAAUUUUUAGCAAAUAGAAGUGCGAAAAAUGUGCUCAUUAAGAUCAAAUCGUGGUUGUCGGACCAAUAAAUAAGCAACACAAGCAAUACGAAUAUGCUAUCUUGUCGAACUGGGCAAGAUUCCCAAUGAUCGGACUUGUUAGGGAUCUGCGCAGUUUCUAUAAAAACUACAAAGAUCAAGUAGAGACAGAUCUGGAAAACGCUGGCUUUAUGGAUGACGUCACAGGGUUAAUAAUAUCGUGACUUCUUGAAAAAUUUCUUAUUAAUAUAUUUCUUCAGAAGCAAUCCUGUUCAUUAUGCUGAUUGGUCAAAAUGUAAAAAGGCUACACCCAUCAAUUAUAUUUCAAAUGUUCUCACAGACCUCUUCGGGUAA